CUAUAAAACGCAGAGAAGUUGAUAAAGACCUAUUUUUAUUGAGUUUUUGGUCGACCCGUAUUCAGAAGGCCAGACUGAAACCUCGGCAACUGUCACCAGGUUUCCUCAAUUUUUCAUCAAUUGGAUAAAGUUUCCGUUUGGUUCUCGAAAUGUCUGCGGAAGAGGAAGAGAAUGCUACCGAGCUGAAAAUCGGUGACGAGUUUAUGAAGGCCAAGUGUUUAAUGAAUUGUGAAGUUGCUUUGAUUCUUGAACACAAAUAUGAGCAGCUUCAACAAAUGUCAGAGGAUCCACUGAAUCAGGUUUCCCAAGUGUUUGAAAAGUCACUGCAGUAUGUGAAGCGCUUUAGCCGCUAUAAAAAUCCUGAUGCUGUUAGACAAGUGCGAGAAAUCCUCAGUAGAUAUCAAUUGGCUGAGUUCGAGCUUUGUGUUCUUGGUAACCUUUGCCCUGAAACAGUGGAGGAAGCUAUUGCUAUGGUACCAUCUAUUAAGACCAAAGGACGGGCUCAUGAUGACGAGGCAAUUGAGAAAAUGUUGAAUGACCUGUCACUCAUUAAGAAAUUUGAAUAGAGUAUCAGUGCUGAUUAUGCACUCGACAAUCUUAUAGAGUUGUAAUCUCUGCCAUCCAAUAUCGCGAGGUAGGGAACUUCUGAUGAUUGUGUAGACUCUCUAACAUGAUGUUGAAGUGAAAGUCAAUACAGCUAUUUAUGGUUAUUCCAUCAA